CUAGCUCGGCUGAUGAGCUUAAAUUAUUCUUAAAAGACCCUGGAUGCCUUACUCUCGUGUUCCUGCAUUUAUUAUCAUAUCACAUUAUUUCCUGAGCAUAUUGAACAUUCAAGACUCGGACCGCUACCAAGGCUAACGGAGACAACCCCGCCUUGACAACACCCAAACAAACCCAACAACACUGCUACACACAAGUACCACAACCACAAGGAUUGUAUAACUUCACACCACAAUGUCUGCACCAGCUUCCGCAACGACCGAGAUGCCCUCGCGCAGCUUCACCAACAACUCUGCCGACGAGGAAGCCGUCCCAGGGGAGGAUACCUCGGAGGUCACCAAGCUCUUCAGUGAGCGUCUACAGGCUUACAAGCAUGCGGUUGCGUACCUGGAAGACUACGUGGGCGCGACGGAGAAGACAAACCACGCACAUGGCAAGGAGUAUGAGCGAGUUCUCAAGACGGUUAAGGACCCCUUGAAGCAAGGCCACCACUUCGAUCAGUCGCUCGGCGGUAUUGCAGGCAUGUUUGAGAACAUACGAUCAAACACCCAAGGCAUCUCCAACCAGCACUACGAAACAGCAAAGCAACUCAAGAGCGCUAUUCUGCCCAUCUUCGAGCGUCUACACACUGAGAUCAAGAACAAGAGCAAGGAGCUGACGAAGGGCGCCGGCAAGGGCGGCAAAGCCGUUGACAAGGCGCGAGCCCAUACUCAGAAGCACAUCGAGCUGCUUGGUCAGCACACGGCUGUUUUCGACUCUCACAGCGGCAGCAUGAAGGCUGCAGACGACCCUUACAUUCUUCAGCGUGGUGUCAUGCACCGCUUGAACAAGCAGGUUCAGGAGGAGAACAACAACCGACAGGAUCUGAUCAGUGUUCAGAAUUCUUUCGCCCAGUUUGAGGCACACAUCAUCCAGACGAUUCAGCAGGGCAUGGGCCAGUUUAUGCAAGUCAUGAACACGCAAGCUGAGCACACCAAGGCUGCCGCAUACCACUUGACUUUGCAGUGGAACGGCUUCAUCCAGCGCAACAACACCAUCCUCAUCGACCCGUCUGCCCCCGCAAGGACCGUGACACAGAUUCAAUUCCCCAACCAGAACCACCGCGCGACUCAGCCCCUCAUUUCGGGCUCGCUUGAGCGCAAGGGCAAGAUCAUGCGCUCUUACGACACAAACUACUACGUUGUCACACCCUCCAAGUUCCUCCACGAGUUCAAGACUGAUGACGACUUCGCCAAGGACCCGGUACCCGAGAUGUCCCUGUACCUGCCUGACUGCAUGGUCGGUGCGGUCAGUGGCCAGAAGUUCAAUGUCAAGGGCAAAGACGUGUCGAGCAAGCUUGGCAAGAGUUUCUCCAUGAGCCAUGAAAUUCAGUUCAAGGCACACACACCACAAGCCGCGGCCCAGUGGGGGGAGAUUAUCGCCCAGGCUGCCGGUACCGUUACCGCCGAAGUGCCGGAAGGAAGCACGCCCACCAGCCCCGUGGGAGGUGACGUGAGCCCUGUUGGACAGCCUGCCCCGCUCCAGACUCAAGGUCUUGAGACUGCGCCAGUGGGUUCUACACCUGCCAGCGCGGUGGCUCCGGCUAGUGCAGUCGAUCCUGGCAGUGCGGCAGCCCCUGGAACUGCUGCUGCCCCUAUUGAGAAGGUUUAG